AUGAAAAACGAUCAAGACGCGUCGUUCUCAGAACAGGCCCGUGAAAAACGUGAACAGCAGAAUAAGCUUGUAUGGAUAAACAGGUUCCCAAAUGAGAUUCUGUCUCGCAUUUUUGUGAUUGGUGAAGAGAUGGAUCAAGAUAAAGAUGAUUCUGAGGAUCAGCGUGACAAGGAUGACCCCGUUCUACAGUUUCAGGAAUUAGUAGCACAAGUGUGUCGCAAAUGGAGGGAGAUCGCUGUCAAUAUGCCCAUGGUUCGUCCCUCCUGCUCUGAGUACGAUCAAUCCCAGUUGAUAGAGGUCUGGCACUUUAGCUCUGGACAAAGGUCGGGAAAGACCAUUCCUCUCGAGAUAGAAAUUGAUGUCCUUGAGCACUUGGAUAUCGAUUCGUGGUCGGAAACCUCUGACAAUCCAAGUUUGGAGCUUAAACUUGUUCUGGAUGCCUUAAACUUUCUCGAUUUCAAAGGAGCGAAACCAUUUCGUUGGGCAAGAUUGGCAAUCUGGUUCGAAAAACCUAGGACCUUUUUUGCCAUUGUCGACCUUCUGAUCGAUGCUUCUCUGAGCAACUUGCGGAAGCUAACUCUUGUCAACACAGAUACUGAUACAAUGGUGGUUGAAGAUUUUGUUGUUGAAGCGAUGAGGGAGCGGAAUUUAUCCAACUCGGUAUUGUUCCGCACUCCUCCGCCGUUACUUCGAGAGCUCGAGCUGGUUGGCGUACCAAGUAACUUUUUCUUUCCCCACGAGAGCACAUCACUAGUUGUCAAUCUUACUCGCCUGGACCUGGGCUUUCUCUUGUAUCUUCCCCCGCUUAUGUGUCUUCGUUCAGUCCUGCUUCACAACCCUCGCCUUGAAUCGCUGUGUUUAGAUACCGGGAUGAUCGAAACAACCAAUUUUGAACACAAGAACGCUACAGAAACCCGAGUUCGCAUGCCUUUCUUGCGCCGAUUCUCUUUGCAGGAGCCUAUAUCAGUGGAGUGGGGACUCUCUGUUCUUCAAAUGAUUGAUGCACCAGAACUUGAAGCUCUUGCCCUCAACUUGGACCGAUCUGAAUCGCUUGCAGAUCCAAUACCUUUUUAUAUUGCGUACGGCAAAGGGUUUAACGGGGAGGAAGUUCCGCCUAAAACAACAGAUAUGCGUCCCAUUUAUCCCACACUAAAACACCUUGCGCUGGGACCUUUCACAGGGACUUCGCUAUCGCUUCUUGCUAUGUUGGGGUCCUUGAGAACCAUUACGAGACUAGAUUGGGAGCUUCAAGAGCAAGAGCCGAUCACAAUUAACCAAGCAUUAGAGGACCACAAGAUAUGUCAAGGCGUGGAGCAUAUUCGAGUAUAUGGCGUCCAUGAGCUCGACUUGGCUGAUCUGGUUGAGUCUAGAAUUCGCAACGGGGCACCCUUCAAAACUGUAGAAGUCAACUCUCGCGAUUGGCGCAACUUUUCAGAGCCUAUGAAAGCGAAACUAUCUGACGAACUGCGACUGGCGAAAUUUAGGCCAUAUGUCGAUGAUAACGAGUCCGAUAGUGAUACGUCUACUGAUUCGGAUUCGGGCUAUUCAGACUCGGACUCGAGUUCAGAUUCGGGCGAUUGGACAGACACAGAUUCAGGCAAUGCUGAUGAUCACGAAGACAGUUAA